AAAGAAAAAAAAAAAACAUUCUGAUGUUACUUCCGCAGAGGAUGAAGUUUCGCUUUUGAAAAAGUGAAACUUUGAGCCCAGCGACGCAGAAACUUCCUGCAGUAGACGUGAGAGACCCACAAGAAGAAAUGGAUAGACGCCAUUUGUUAAGUGACCAAGAUGAAAACCCAGCACCGCAAUAUCAAAGUGUCCCCAGCUCAGGGCCUGUGGAUCCAAACCAGCCAGAGGCUGGUGGGGCUACAGCGCCCCCUGCAGACUUGAUGGAUAAAGUGCCAGGUUAUGAAGGCAUAGGAAUUGGAGGAUAUGACCUGCCUUACCAGGGUCCACCCCAGGCUCCAGGUCCCGGAAGCCCGGGCCCACCAGUCGGUGACUGGCGAAUUCCCUCCAUCAGCGAAGAGGUGGCGAAAGAGGCUUUUCUCGAGUAUGCUGCCAGCAAGUGCUGCUACAGCAAAGGCCCCGCGAAAGAGAUGGUCUUCACUGACCUGCAGGCCCACAACACAUACAGGUACCGGCUGGAGACCUUCACUGAAUCCCGCUCUACGAAAUGGGCCAGCGAGCCGUACACGGGUCAGAUAGUGGAUGGGUAUAUGGGCGUACCUCCGGGACCCUGGGAUAUCGCUGUUAGUUUUCCAACCUUGUUUCAGGACAACAAAAAGGAGGUCCGCGUUCCCCACACCUCCUCUGUAAAGGGUUGUCACUCUUGCAUGAGUCUCGGCCGAAAUCCUUGUAGGAAUUGUGUGACGUCAGGAAUGAUGCAGUGCUGGGUGUGCAACGGCUCCGGAAGGCGUUUCUCUGACGACCGCUGCAGCCACUGCAACGGCCUCGGCCGCGUACGGUGCACGUCCUGCGCGGGCGUCGGCUCCAGCACCUGCGGGACAUGCCAGGGGAAGGGACAGCUCCUGUGCUUCAUUAAGCUCGUGGUGAAAUGGAAAAACAACGUGUUUGAGGGUGUAAUAGACAGGCAGUCGGGUUUGCCGAUGGACCGGAUCAGCUCCGUUACCGGGGAGACGAUGUUCACUGACAUGAGCCCUGUGGUCUACCCGGUGACUGGUUUCCCAGAUAACGCCAUCAACCAAUCAGCAGACAGGGCUGUGAAAGAACACCAGGCCCAGUAUUUCUCCUCCUGCCGCAUCCUGCAACAGAGGCAGACCAUUGAACUGAUCCACGUCACACGUGUGCACUACAGCUGGAAGGAGAAGACUCACAUCUACUUUGUGUACGGGGCUGAGCACAAAGUCUACACCGAUGACUACCCUGCCAAGUGCUGCUGCUGCUCCAUCCUGUGAACACACCACACGCGCUCCGUAUUCACACCCUUCCUGCAGUCAUCCCAGUAGCCGCGUUUCCAGAGCUACGCUAACGCCCGGCGAGCUAAUGACAGACGAGCGAAUAACAGGCGAGCUAACACCUGGCGCGCUAACACCUG